AUGUCGUCCGCCCCGAACCUGCCCCCGCCAGACAAGUACCGCGGCGCCGUCGUCGAGGACCUCCAGCUGCCGCCCGCGUUCGCGCUCCCGCAGGACGAGGGCAUCUCCCGCGCGAUCGAGCUCGCGUACGACAGAGACUUCUCGCACAUCCCCGUGCUCGAUCGCAAGCGCAAACCCCUCGGAUACGUCGACGUGGCCGAACUCAAGAAGAAGUGGGAAGCAGGCGCCGCGACACCCUCCGACAAAGUCGCGUCCCACAUGACCAAGUUCAACCGCUCGCCCUCCACGAACCCCUACACCGUCAUCACGCCCGACACGCCCCUCGCCGACGUCGAGCGCUUCCUCGCGCGCAACAUCUUCGCCCUCGUGACGGACUACGACCGCAAAUUCGUGCUCGCGGUCGCGACGUCGCAAGACCUCGAGACGUUCGUCUCCCGCCGUGGAAUAUAA